AGAUUUUUUUGUCUUUCUUUCUAUAAGUUCUAUAGUUACCGGUAAAAACAGUAUUUAUAAUUUCUGGCAGCCAUAUUUGAUUUAGUCAUAGAAUCCAACAUGGGCGUUCCUUUUUGUCGUCUGCAAAGUGUCAAAUGCUUUGUGUUUUUUAAAGAUGGACGAGAUUAGUGAUACGUUAUAAUUAAAAAUAAUUAGUACAAAAGUUUUAAAGAAAGAUCUGAAUUAAUGAACAUUGUUUAAUAUUUUUCUGUGAUUACGUUAUUUUUAUCGACGAAAAACGUACAUUUCUUAUGUACAAUAGUCAUCCGUAAUACGAUAUACAUAUACAAGGAGAUUCGAGCUGGUAUAUAUCAAAGGUUUCUGUGAUUCAAUAAUUAAUUAUUAUAAAAGAAAUUAUCGUAAUUGUAUUGUAAUAAAUAUAUGUAUUAAACGAAGAUAUUUGAAAGGAAGACAGUGCGUGUAAAAAGCAUCGAGAGAAGGUUAUGCUUGUCGUCAAGUGAAAAUUAUAUAUGUGUGCGUGUGCGUGCUACCAUGCUAUUUAUUCGUUUUUAAAUGAAUGACGAACGGACACCGAAUUACAAAUAAUAUUAUGUCGUCGAAAUAAGAUAAUUACUAUCAUCGUACCUGGAUAUUCGAAUUAACUGAUUUUCUUUAUAUAUAAAAAAAAAAAAAAAAAAAAAAGAAAAAUAUAUUGAAGAAAUAAUCUCAUUGUAUUGAAAAUUAUAUGACAUUUCAAAAAGAUCUACUCUUUUAUAAGAAAAGGACGAAGAGGCUGAAACAGAAAAAAAAUUUGUAUUAUUGUAUCUCAUAAGUUGAUUCAAAGAUAUAUAUAAAAUGUCUGGAAACAAUACAAUGACAGCUGAUACACUCAGAAGUGGGAACAUACAUAAUCGUAAUUCACAAAGAUCUACACUUUUAAAAGUAGUGAUUUUGGGUGACGGCGGAGUUGGAAAAUCUUGUCUUAUGAACAGAUUUGUAUCGAAUCGUUUUGAUGAAUAUAAUUUUUACACUAUCGGAGUAGAAUUUUUAAACAAGGAUAUAGAAAUCAAUGGCGAAUCUUAUACUUUACAAAUAUGGGACACUGCAGGGCAGGAACGAUUUAAAACAUUAAGAACUCCAUUUUAUAGAGGUUCAGAUAUUUGUCUUUUGACUUAUGCCGUUGAUGAUAGAACAAGUUUCAAAAAUUUGGCUCUCUGGAGAUCAGAAUUUCUUUAUUAUGCGGAUGUCGAAGAAGCAUCUACUUUUCCAUUUAUAGUUGUGGGAAAUAAGGUGGAUGUUUUGGAAUCUGAAAAACAAGUAACCACAGAAGAAGCCAGAGCAUGGUGUGCAGAAAAUGGAGAUCCACCAUUGGUCGAAACGUCUGCAAAGGAUGCAACAAAUGUAGAAGCAGCAUUUGCAGCUGCUGUUGCUGCAUGGGCACGACUGGAGGCUAGAUUAGAACAUCCGUUAGUAGAAGAUACUGUCGACCUUUCUAAACAGCUGUCUCCGCAACGUUCCAGUUGCUGUAUGCCUGUCUCUGGUGCUGAAUCUACAUUUGUGACCAGCUAACUGAAAUGGGUGGUAUGAAGAUAGACAUGAUAAGAAAUAUUUAUGAUACGAAUCAACAUUUUUGGAAGGAACACUUAGAGUUUGUUUGCAUUUGGAAGGAACAUAAUGCGUCUCAAAUUGAACUAAUCCCUAAAAUGGUGUUUACUAUAUUUAGGAUGUAUAAGGACAUUAUACCAAAAGAUGUAAGAGAUUUUUAUUUUCCUUGAUUUCACCAACUGACAGUCCAUUUUCUUUUGUGAAUUUUUCUCCACGAAACAAAAUCAUUUUGUAACUUUAUUCGAUUAAAAUGAGACUAUUAUUAAUUUUUGAUUAGGUCUAACAAAAUAAUUUGAAGAGAAUCUUGCCAGCCUUCAAUACUCGGUUAAUUACAAGCCCAAAGUUUCUAUAAAGACAUUAGAAAUAAUUUCGAGUACAUCCAUCAAAAUAUUUCAAUAUAAUGUUUCUUGUGUGUUAUAUGAAAUAUGUUAGAUAUUCUCAAGAAAAAUAUUUAUGUUACUAAAGUUUUGCACAAAUCUUACUUAACAGGACUGUUAGUUAAUUUGCUAUUCUUCUAGUAUGUGCUCUGUAUAUCUAUCUUCGAAUACUUUACAUAAAUUGUAAAAAUUCACAUGUAAGAUAUGUACCGCUGGAACAUUGAAAAAAGAAAAAAAAAAAAAAAGAAAAAAGGAUGAUUUAUAAUAUUUCAAAAUGUGCUUUAUACAACUCGUGAGCUAUUGACAGUAUUUUAAGUGUUAUACACAUCAUUGGCUUGUGAUAAAUAUAGUAAUAAUAAUAAUUAUAAAUUGUUUAUUAUGUAAGACAAACAUAUAUAAAUUGUAAUUUAGCUUCGUAACGUAAAUUUGCCUUAUCAUUGCAGUAUAAAAUGAGGAGCAGUAUAACUAUAUUUCUAUUUAUGAUAUACUCCUUUAGAUUAUCAAUAUAUAUGUAUAUAUGUAUAUAUAUGUGUAUAUAUAUACACACAUAUACAUACAUACAUUUAUAUAUAUGUAUACAUAUUGAUUUGGCAUUUGUAUGAAAUGAAAUGCAGAGUAUUUUGCGCUAACUGUUUAACAAUUUUCCUACAAUAAUAAUAAUAAUAAUAAUAAUAAUAAUAUAAUAAUAAUAAUAAUAAUAAUAAUAAUAAUAAUAAUAAUAAUAAUAAUAAUAAUAAUAAAACAAAGCUUUUUGGAUGAGUGUGUACAUAUGUGAUACAUUCUUAAAGCAAUAGAACUCUACUUCAAAGCUUUAGAAAUGUGUUAUGUACUGCAAAGAGAAGUAUAUAAAUUUAUUGUAUGACAGAUUGUUCUUAAGCGACAAAACUUAAAUCAAUUCUGUACACAAUGUGCAUGCUGGUGCUUUUUGUAUAGCUCUAUGUGAAACCUAUAAAUUUAUAAUAAAAUAAUGAAGUAUUAA